UUUAAUCAUCAGCUUCAUCAGAGCUGAAAUCUUAUCUCUCACUUGAAAAUCUCAACGAACCCUAAAAAAACUCAAUCAAACACCAUGGCAACAACAUCCCAAAUCCAUUACUUUCACAGUCUCCAAAAGUCAUGGAUCUUUACAACCAGAAAAACUCCAUCAUAUUCACCGAAAUCUAACAGAUCUUCCUCCGUUAUCAUCUGCAACUCUUCCACAAACAACCGGCACAUCUCAGGUGGUCGAAAGCUACGCGCAGCUGUGAUUGGUGGUGGUCCAGCUGGUUCGUCAGCAGCAGAAGCUCUAUCAAGAGGCGGUAUCGAAACAUAUCUCAUCGAAAGAAGUCCAUCCGGUGCUAAACCAUGCGGCGGCGCAAUUCCAUUAUGUAUGCUUGAUGAAUUCUCAAUCCCUCUUGAUUUAAUCGACCGUAGAGUCACUCAAAUGAAAAUCAUAUCUCCAUCAAAUCUCACAGUUGAUUUCGGUAAAACCCUAAAACCUCAUGAAUACAUAGCUAUGAUCCGCAGAGAAGUUCUUGAUUCGUUCCUUCGUUCUCGCGCUGAAUCGGUCGGUACAAACAUCAUCAACGCUCUUUUCACACAUCUGGAGUUGCCUGAUUCGCCUAACUCUCCGUACACCUUGCAUUAUAACAGCAAUGGAUCUAAGGAGUCGAUUUCCGUUGAUGUUGUGAUCGGAGCCGAUGGUGCUAACAGUAGGGUUGCAAAAUCCAUUGAUGCUGGGAAUUACAGUUACGCCAUUGCUUUUCAAGAACGAAUUCGUCUACCAGACGAGAAAAUGAAAUAUUACGAGAAUCUCGCUGAGAUGUACGUUGGUAACGAUAUCUCCCCCGAUUUUUACGGAUGGGUUUUUCCGAAAUGUGAUCACGUGGCAGUUGGAACUGGAACGGUGUGUUCGAAGCAGGAUAUUAAGUUGUAUCAGAAUGGUGUUAGAGAGAGAGUGAAAGAGAAGAUCUACGGUGGGAAAGUGAUUAAAGUGGAGGCACACCCGAUUCCUGAACAUCCAAGACCUCGUCGGGUUAGAGGACGAGUUGCUCUAGUUGGUGAUUCCGCUGGUUAUGUUACAAAAUGCUCAGGUGAAGGUAUAUAUUUUGCAGCCAAAUCAGGUAGAAUGUGUGGAGAAGCAGUCGUAAGGGCGUCGAUGAACGGAGUUAGAAUGAUCGAUGAAAAAGAUUUGAGAAGAGAGUAUUUAAAAAAAUGGGAUUCGCAGUAUAUUAAUACAUUCAGGUUUUUGGAUAUACUGCAAAAGGUGUUCUAUGGUAAUAAUGCUGCUAGAGAGUGUUUAGUGGAGAUUUGUGGUUGUGAUUAUGUACAACGGAUGACAUUUGAGAGCUAUUUGUAUAAGAAGUUAGCUAGAGGGAAUCCAUGGGAAGAUGUUAAAAUGGUGGUCAAUACGGUUGGUAGUCUGAUUAGGUCUAACAUUAUUAAGGAAGAGAUGGAAAGGCUUGAAGUGUAAUAGAUCAGAUUGUACUUGAAGUUCAGUAGAUUUUAUUUGUUGUCAUCUGUGUUGUCGUAGUGCUGUGUGCAUUUUGGGUGAUUAGAGCAA